UUUAAGUAGUAGAACAUAUGAUAACAACCUACAUUGAGAAACUGAGGGACAUGGAGAAGGUCACACUCUUUCUAAUUCUACUGGUCUUCUGUUCCCUAAUAAUCUCAUCCACUUCUAUUCCUCCAACGAGGAUCCAAAGGACUUUGCAUGAGGGAGGGGAAAGAUUAAUUGAGGAUUUUAAACAGGAGGAGAGAAUGGAAGAAGCCGCGGUGGAUGAUGUGAUCAAUGCAAGGAUGGAUUUGGAGAGCAACGACUACCAGGGAUCGGGGGCCAACGACCGUCACACUCCAAAGCCACCGGAUACAGAUCUCCGAAAAUCCCGUGACCGAAAUAAGAUCGAAAAGUUUAACCCACUUGGUGGCAAUUUGGUGGGUCAUCUGGAGGGAACGAAACAGCAUGUGCUUUAGCGACGCGGCUCAUAACGCUUCCUGGGCUACCGAACGUGUCGCUUCUUUGAUCAGAGCCUGGAACGAAGCACUUUGAACCCUCCUGCAAUCUCUAUGCUCUCUAUGUUUGCUGUGUCACGUUUUGUCUGUCUCUCUAUGUCUACUUAGUGUUCCUGUUUUGUUUUGCUUUUGUUUUUCUUUUGUCGCCGGCUCGGUCUGGAGGCCCUAGAUGCUUCCAUUAUGUACGCUAAAUUCAUGUUACUUAAUGAAUG